AUGAAGCCAGGGAAUAAUACAAAAAUUUCAGAAUUUCUUCCUUUUGGAAUUUCAGAUAAACAAGAAUUGCAAUCCUUCUUCUUUGGGCUGUUCCUGUCCAUGUACUUGGUCAUCAUACUUGUGAAUCUGCUAAUCAUUCGGGCUGUCAGCUCUGACUCCCACCUCCACACCUUCAAUCUGUCUAUUAUAGACAUCAAUUUCACCUCCACCACUGUUCCAAAGAUGCUGGUGAAUAUACAGACACAGAGAAAAGUCAUAACUUAUGAAAGCUGCAUACAAAUGUCCUUUUUCAUACUCUUUGUAUGGUUGGACAGUUUCCUCCUGACUGUGAUGGCCUACAACAAGUUUGUGACCAUCUGUCACCCCCUGCACUAUAUGGUCAUCAUGAACCCCCUGCUCUAUGGGCUGCUGGUUCUGGUAACUUGCAUUAUCAGUAUCCCACAUUCCAUGUUACACAGCUUAAUGAUAUUGUGGCUGUCCUUCUGUAGAGGCUUGAAAUUCACCACGUUUUCCUGUGAACUUAAUCAGGUGGUCCAACUUGCCUGUUCUGACACCUUUCUUGGUAACAUGGUGAUGUAUUUUGCAGGUGUCCUGCUGGGUGAUGGUUCCCAGGCUGACGUCCUUUACUCUGACUCGAAGAUAGUUUCUUCCAUACAUAGAAUCUCAUCAGCUCAGGGGAAGUAUAAAGCCUUUUUUACCUAUGCAUCUCACCUCUCAGUUGUCUCCUUAUUUUAUUGUAUGGUCCUGAGAGUGUACCUCAGCUCUGCUGCUACCCACAGCUCACACUUAAGAGUAACAGCCUCAGUGAUGUACACUGUGGUUAUACCCAUACUGAAUCCCUUCAUCUACAGUCUGAAGGACAAAGACAGAGGGAGCUCUGAAGACGUUCUUCAGGGUAAAGCCAUAAAGGGGUCAUUUUUCAAGAAGUGA